GUCUGCGCGCCGCGGUCCCUCGGGGGCCGGGGGGUCCCGCUGUCCCCGCUCAGCCCCAACCCCGCCACCCCCACCCACAGAGCUGUAUGGGGAGGGGGCGGCCUGGGCCCCCGUGGGCCCCCCCAGCCCUGUGUCGUCCCCCCCCCCCGGCUGCCUCACUGUGCCUCCCCCAUCCCAGCCUUGACCUGGCUGUGCCCCUCCCGUGCUGGCCCCCCCGGGGGUCCUCACCCUGCUGUCCAGCGGGGGAUGUGGGUGCUGGGGUGCUCCAGGCUCCAGCUGUGCCGGGGCUGGAGUCAGGGGGGUUGGGGGUGGCACAGCCCCCAGAGGACCCCCUCAGCCCGUGCUGGGUGGCAGCGGGUGCGGGACCCCCCCCCCAGGGGUGGGCCCAUGGCCGCAGGCAGCUGCCUGCCCCCCCCCCACCAGCACCGGGCUCCCGUCCCACUGGUGGGGCCUCGAGCGCGUGGACUGCAUGUGGGGCCAGGGCGCGGUGUGACCCCACGUGGGUGCCCUGCCCGGCACAUGGCCUGUGCCCGUGGUGUCCCGCGCAGGGCUCGGUGGCUCCCGCGGCGCUGGGGCCAGGCCGUGGGGUGAGCAGGACGUCUGUGGGCGGCCGCGGGCCGGGGGAGGCUCUGGCUGGGACAGCCCGUAUCCUCCUGCUCAUCCCACGGUGCCAAGGAGGGGGAGGCGAGACGCCCGCCCAGACGAGGCCGUGGGCCGUGCCGUGCCGGGAGGCGGCGGGGGGACGUACCGGCGCUCCCCGGGUCGCCCCGACCCACCAGCACUCCGUGGGACCGAGGUGCAGGCAGGAGCGCGAGCAGGAGCUGCCCAGCGGGGCCUGGCAUGGCUGAGAGUGUGGGGGCAGGCGACGGCGGGGGAUGUGGAGCGGGGCCGGCCGCCACGUACGGCUGCUCUCCGGCCACCACCGCCUCCGGCUCCCGGGGGAGGAGAGGUGCCUGCAGCCCUGCACGAGCUGCCCGGCGCUGCCGGGAAGUGGGCACAGGCAGGACCCCAGGGCCCUCGUCUGCCAACUUGGGGAGCCCCCCGGCAGCAGGACAGGGUCCCCCCGGUCCGCCAUGCCCCCAAAAUGCGGCACGGGAGCGGAGCCGGGUGCGGGCGCUACGCCGGGCCUUCCUGUCGCUGCAGGCAGCCCUGCCUGCCGUGCCCCCCGGCACCAAGCUCUCCAAGCUGGACAUCCUCGUCCUGGCCACCAGCUACAUCGCCCACCUCAGCCACGCGCUGGGCCGCGGGCCCCCCCCGCCCACACCCUCCUGCCCACUCCACGGACACCCGCUCCUGCACCCCCUGAAGAAGUGGCCGAUGCGCUCCCGCCUCUACGUCGGCCCCUGGGGGGGACCUGGUCCUGACCCCCCCGGGGCACCCACCGUCACCGGCAGCCACGAGCACACAGGCCUGGGGGACAGCAGGCUGGAAACAGGCGAUGGCCCCCCCUGACAACCGGGGCACCCACAGCCACGGGAGCCCCCACGUCUGCUCUCUCCCCACAGUGUGGGGAGGCCAUGCCCCAGGGUGGGGAUGGGAGCAGCAGCCAGGAUGGGGGGGGGGCCGGUGCCAAUGGGAUCUGCACCCCGAUCCUGCACGGGGGUCCGCAAGUUCC